AUGAGUAAAGACGAGAUCAAAGACAGAAAGAGAAAGGUUGAAGGUUCCGAGGUGACCGAACAUAAGACAAAGCACCACAAGAAGGAAAAGAAGCACCACAAGAAAGAAAAGAAGGAAAAGAAGGAAAAAAAACAUAAGAAAGAAAAGGAAUCUGAAGAAACUGAAACUACUGCCGAACCAGUUACUGAAUCGAAGCCAGUUUCUAAUACUUCUGGUUACGUUCAAAAUGAGGAAUUGACCAACGUUGCUCAAUCCGAAAUUGAUGAAUUUUUAAAAGAGAAUGAAGUUGCUAUUGAAGAUCCAGCUAAGAUGAACUUACGUCCAUUACUAUCAUUUUCUCAUGUUUCCUUAAACAAAGAAAUUCAAAGUGAAAUUGCUAAGUUCCCUAAACCAACUCCAAUUCAAGCCGCUUCAUGGCCAUAUCUAUUAUCCGGUAGAGAUGUUAUUGGUGUUGCCGAGACUGGUUCUGGUAAGACUUUUGCUUUCGGUGUUCCAGCUGUCAAUGCAUUAGUUCAAAAUGGUGAUAACAAGAAGCAAUAUAACGGUAUCAAGGUUCUUGCUAUCUCCCCAACUAGAGAAUUGGCUUCUCAAAUUUAUGAUAAUUUAAUCAUUUUAACUGAUAAAGUUGGUUUAGAAUGUUGUUGUGUCUAUGGUGGUGUUCCAAAGGAUGAUCAAAGAAGGCAAUUGAAGAAGUCCGACAUAGUAGUAGCCACUCCAGGUAGACUAUUGGACUUGUUACAAGAAGGUUCUGUCGAUCUAUCUAAUGUCAACUACCUUGUCCUCGAUGAAGGUGAUAGAAUGCUGGAAAAGGGUUUCGAAGAAGAUAUUAAAAGAAUCAUCGGUGAAACUAACUCCAAGAAGAGACAAACUCUUAUGUUCACAGCUACCUGGCCAAAGGAAGUUCGUGAGUUAGCCUCCACUUUCAUGAACCAACCUGUUAAAGUCUCUAUUGGUAACAGAGACGAACUGACAGCUAACAAGAGAAUCACUCAAAUUGUUGAAGUUGUUGACCCACGUUCCAAGGAAAGAAAACUGUUAGAAUUAUUGAAGAAAUAUCAUUCCGGUCCAAAGAAGAAUGAUAAAGUGUUGAUUUUCUGUCUUUACAAGAAGGAAGCUGCUCGUGUUGAAAGAAACUUGCAAUAUAACGGUUACCAAGUAUCCGCUAUUCAUGGUGAUUUAACACAACAACAAAGAACCCAAGCUCUAAAUGAAUUCAAGAGUGGGAAAUCCAAUUUGUUACUAGCUACUGAUGUUGCUGCUAGAGGUCUUGAUAUUCCAAAUGUCAAGACUGUUAUCAAUUUAACUUUCCCAUUGACUGUUGAAGAUUAUGUGCACAGAAUCGGUAGAACUGGUAGAGCCGGUCAAACCGGUACUUCUCAUACUUUGUUUACAGAUCAAGAGAAACAUUUGGCUGGUGGUCUGGUCAAUGUAUUAAACGGUGCCAACCAAGCCGUUCCAGAAGAUUUAAUCAAAUUCGGUACUCACACUAAGAAGAAAGAACAUGGUGCAUACGGUGCUUUCUUUAAAGAUGUCGACAUGUCUAAGAAACCAAAGAAGAUUACCUUCGAUUAG